CCGCCGUAUUCUUUCCAUUUGCCAUCCAAAUUUUAAACAAUAAAACCGGCGAAAAGAGAGAGAAAUCCGUCCAAAUCUAGGCAAACGAACAUGGCGGACGAGCAACCUACAGUUGCCGGGAGGCGGCGAGGCCGUGACCCGGAGGUGUCGGCUCGGUCGGUGGCGCUGGAGAAGCUGAAAGCCCUCCGGCGAGGCGGACGCCGGUCGGAGUAUGAUAUCAAGCUGGAGAAUCCGAUUUUUGACACUGUUCCGGAGGAGGAGUAUGACGCGCUCGUAACCCGGCGUCGGGAAGAGGCUCGCGGCUUCAUCGUCGACGACGACGGCCUCGGCUACGGCGACGAGGGUGAGGAGGAGGAUUGGUCAAAGGGUGGUCUUCCUUCCUCUUCCGAUGAAUCUGACGGCGAAGGUGGUAGAUGCAAGAAGAAGAAAAUUGACAGGGAGAGAAAGGACAAUAAUUCCUUAAAGCAGCCGGCCAAAAGGACUAAUCCUUCCCUAUCGGCUGCGGCGGCGAUGAUGGGGAAACAGAGGAUAUCUUCGAUGUUCACUUCUUCAGUUUUUAAGAAGAGCAAGGAGACUGAUAAGGUGAAAUGCGAGAGCAUUAUUGAUGAGGUCAUAGCGGAGUUUGCGCCUGAUGAGGCUGACAGAGAGCGGCGUAGAAGGGGGAAGUCUGUUUCUCUUCCGAUCCGUGCCGUUAAGAGCGAGAAUCAGGUUGCUGCUAGUGCGGUUAAUUUCGCGAUGGAUGGGGUUGAAUCGGGUCGGCUUGUUGCAAGCGUAAAGCCUCCGAUGUGCUUGGAGCAGGAUUUUGGGAUUGUUGAGGAGAAGCAAUUGAUUGAGGACGUGAAAGAGGAGGUAGAAGUGGAAACCAAUGUGGGUCACGAUUCCAAAUAUGAAUCAGGUAUAUCUACCACUGAAAGAGAUGUGACUACGGAGAGGGCGGAUGUAGAGGGCGCAGUAGAUAUAAAGACAGAAGCAGUGGUGAAGAAGGCGGAUGUAUUUACUCUGAAUGCUAAGAUUAAUACAGAGGAGAAGGAUCCGACGUUGAGUGCGACUGCUGGGUGGAAGGCUGUUAGGACAAGAGGUAGCGAAAAAUCCAAUGUGGCCGAGGAGUUAAAAAACGGUCAUUGUUGUCAAGUGCAGUCUGGUUUUGACCUGGAGAGCGAUGGGUCCUUGAAUUUCUAUAUACUUGACGCUCACGAAGAGUAUUAUGGUGCUAAUAUGGGCACACUCUAUCUAUUUGGGAAGGUCAAAGCAGGAAAUGCAUGCCAUAGUUGCUGUGUGGUUGUGAAGAACAUGCAGAGAUGUCUAUAUGCAAUUCCACAUGGUUCACUGUUUCCAACCGAUGAGAUAAUGAAACUUGAGAAAGAUCUUGAAGAGUCUCGGAUUCCUCCUGUAGAUUUCCAAACAAAGCUUCAUGAUAUGGCAUCUCGAUUGAAGAAUGAAAUUUCACAACAACUGUUAAACAUCAAUGUUUCUAGUUUUAGCAUGGCACCUGUCAAGAGGAGUUAUGCUUUUGAGCGCUCUGACAUACCUGCUGGAGAGAACUAUGUGCUGAAAAUCAAUUAUCCGUUCAAGGAUCCAGCACUUCCGGCAGACCAAAGAGGAGAAAAUUUCUGUGCUGUGCUUGGUACUCAUACCAGUGCAUUAGAGCUUUUUCUCAUUAAAAGGAAGAUAAAGGGACCUUCUUGGCUGUCAAUUUCAAAGUUCUCUAGCUGUCCAUCAUCUCAACAGGUAAGUUGGUGCAAGUUUGAGGUUACCGUGGACUGUCCGAAGCACAUACAGGUUGCAUCUUCCUCCAAGGGAACAGUAGAGAUUCCUCCAGUGGUUGUUACAGCUAUAAAUUUGAAAACUAUAAUCAACGAAAAGGAGAAUAUGAAUGAAAUUGUCACUGCAUCUGUUAUCUGCUGUCACAAGGCCAAGAUUAAUACACCAAUGUUAUCCUCCGAAUGGAAGAAACCUGGUUUAUUGAGUCACUUAACCAUUGUCCGUAAACUUGAUGGAGGCAUAUUUCCUAUGGGCUUUAGCAAAGAAGUCACAGAAAGAAACUCAAAGGCUGGAUCAACUGUUUUAGUCUCUGAAAGCAGUGAAAGGGCAUUGUUAAGCAGGCUGAUGUUAGAAUUACACAAGUUGGAUAGUGAUGUUCUUGUUGGACAUAAUAUAUCUGGGUUCGACCUAGAUGUUCUUCUCCACAGGGCCCGGGUAUGCAAAGUGCCAGGCGUCAUGUGGUCCAAAAUUGGCCGUCUAAAGCGUUCUUCUAUGCCUAAUAUUACAAAAGGAAGCACCAUUUUUGGCUCAGGAGCAGGUCCAAGGAUCAUGUCUUGCAUUGCUGGUCGGCUCUUAUGUGAUACCUAUUUGUCUUCCCGUGAUUUAUUAAGAGAGAUCAGCUAUUCUUUAACACAAAUAGCAAAGACUCAGCUGAACAAGGACAGAAAGGAGAUUGCGCCUAAUGACAUUCUCAAAAUGUUCCAAACAUCUGAAUCUCUCAUGGAACUUAUUGAAUAUGGCGAGACCGAUGCAUGGUUAUCCAUGGAAUUAAUGUUCCAUCUGAGUGUUCUUCCCCUCACACGCCAGCUGACAAAUAUCAGCGGUAAUCUUUGGGGAAGAACUCUUCAAGGUGCCCGAGCACAGAGAGUAGAGUAUCUUCUACUGCAUGCAUUUCAUGCAAAGAAGUAUAUCGUUCCUGACAAGUUUUCAUCUCAUUCAAAAGAAGCAAAAAUGACAAAGCGGAGAAUGAAUAAUGGUUCUGAGGAUAAAAAUGUUGAUGAGCUGGAUAUUGAUGAGGCAAACAUUGAGAGUGAUUUUGCUAAUUAUGAUCAUGGGAAAGGCAAAAAAGGUCCAGCCUACUCUGGUGGAUUGGUUUUGGAGCCAAAAAGAGGUUUAUAUGACAAAUAUGUACUGCUUCUGGACUUUAAUAGUCUUUAUCCUUCUAUUAUUCAGGAAUACAAUAUCUGCUUCACAACCAUCCAAAGAUCUCAAGAUGGGUUAGUACCUCGUUUACCAUCAAGUAAAGCAACUGGGGUUCUGCCAGAGUUAUUGAAAACUCUGGUUGAGAGAAGGAAAAUGGUUAAGUCGUGGAUGGGUGGUGCAACUGGUCUCAAGCUUCGGCAGUUUGACAUACAGCAGCAAGCACUGAAGCUCACGGCAAACAGUAUGUAUGGAUGCCUGGGGUUUUCCAAUUCAAGGUUCUAUGCAAAGCCUCUUGCUGAGCUUAUAACACUACAAGGAAGGGAGAUCCUACAGAGUACUGUGGACCUUGUUCAGAAUAAUUUGAACUUAGAGGUAAUCUAUGGGGAUACUGAUUCGAUCAUGAUUUACAGUGGACUAGAUGAUAUUGUGAAAGCAACAGCCAUUGCCAGGAAAGUUGCUCAGGAGGUUAACAAGAAGUACAGGUGUUUAGAGAUUGAUCUUGAUGGCAUUUACAAGAGAAUGCUUCUUCUUAAGAAGAAAAAAUAUGCAGCUGUCAAGAUUCAGUUCAAGGAUGGCAUAGCAUAUGAGGUUAUUGAACGCAAAGGCCUGGAUAUGGUGCGUCGUGACUGGAGCUUACUAUCAAAGGAAUUGGGAGAUUUCUGCCUAGGCCAAAUAUUGUCAGGAGGGUCAUGCGAAGAAGUUGUUGAAUCAAUACAUAACUCUCUUGUGAAGGUGCAGGAGGAAAUGAGGAAUGGACAAAUUGCACUUGAGAAAUACAUUAUCACAAAGACAUUGACUAAACCACCGGAAGCUUAUCCAGAUGCCAGAAACCAACCACAUGUUCAGGUGGCACUUAGAUUGAAGCAACUCGGGUACUGUACUGGUUGUUCCAAAGGCGAUACUGUACCUUAUGUAGUCUGCUAUGAACAGGGUACUAGUUCAGGCAGUUCCACAGGGAUUGCUCAGCGUGCUAGGCAUCCUGAUGAAUUAAAAACAGAUGAUGGAAAAUGGAUGAUAGACAUUGAUUAUUAUUUGUCGCAGCAAAUUCAUCCUGUUGUAUCACGUUUAUGUGCUUCAAUUCAGGGUACAAGCCCUGAACGUUUGGCUGAUUGUUUGGGACUAGACUCAUCAAGGUUUCAAAGUAAAGCAAAUGACGCUGUUGGAAGUGAUCCAUCUAGUUCACUCCUUUUUGCUGUAGAUGAUGAAAAAAGAUAUCGGGGUUGUGAGCCCCUGGUCUUGUCUUGUCCCAGUUGCUCUGGUACUUUUGACUGCCCAGUCAUAUUUAGUUCCAUCUGUAUGAUGAUUAAUGGGAAGCCAACAGGACUAGAUGCAGAGGAAUCUGCUGGCAAUUUCUGGCAAAAGUUAUGUUGUCCUAAAUGUCCCGAGGAAGGUGAUACUGGCAGAAUAUCUCCUGGAAUGUUAGCCAACCAGGUCAAGAAGCAAGCGGAUGGAUAUAUCUUAAUGUAUUACAAGGGUGUAUUAAUGUGUGAUGACGAGACAUGCAAGUAUACAACCCGAUGUCUAAAUCUGAGACUACUUGGUGACUCUGAAAAGGGAACAGUUUGUCCAAACUAUCCUCAGUGUAAUGGCCGUCUUGCAAGAAAGUACACUGAAGCAGAUCUGUACAAGCAGCUUUCAUACUUUUGCCACCUUCUGGAUACCGUGCGCUGCCUAGAAAAGAUGGAAGCAAGCUCCAGAAUACCGCUAGAGAAACAGUUGACAAAAAUUAGGCCGAUGAUUAAUUUAGCGGCCACGACAGUUCAAAGGAUGCGAGAUCAGUGUGCUUAUGGAUGGGUGCAGCUAAAUGAUCUUACUGUGACGGUUUGACUCCCAAAAACUUGGGCAGACUGUUGUACUUUGCCUGUAAAUCAUGUGUACAUUAAUUUAUCAAUUAUUACAAUAGAUCAAAUCUGAAGCAAGGUAACUUCCAUCUUGCACCUCUGCGUGAUAUGCAGCUGGUUACUUUUUUCAUUAUGGGUUUGUCGCACCUGAUGUUUUUUCUUACCGGAUACGAGAUUGCAUUUAA